AUGAUACAUUCCCAAAAACCUCGGCGGCUAUCUACUGUGUCCUCCACUUCAGUGUCAGUGCAAGCCAAGAAAAGUUCACAAGCAGUAAAUAGUACUAAUAGCACAAAUUCGCCCACUACAACUGGUACAAUUAGUUCACAGGGUAUUUCCAACCCUGAGAUUUCGUGGUUACAACAACCGCCUGUAAGAACAAACAUCGCUACACAACAACAGCAAUACCACCAGACACAGCUUUCAUCCCCAAGAGCUGCCUUAUCUCCACAUAGGAAGAGUUCUGUAAAUGGGAAGAAAGUAAAAGAGGAUAGUAGUAGUAGGAGUGAUUCGUUAAAGUCGGUGGAUAGGCUUGAAUUAGCAAAUUUAGAUCAGAAAUCUUCUCAAAAUUCGCCAUCGGCUAGCUCCGCUUCAUCUCCGCAAAGAAAAUCUAUAUCAAAAAGUAAAGAGGACUCGAAAAUAGAAUCCAUGGAAACUAGCUCUUCAAAGCCGUCAAAAAGUAAAAAGUAUAAAGAACAGCAAGCAGAAGUUAUGAAAACUUUUAAUGAAUUGCAGUCGUAUGAAGUUAAACUUGCAAGUCAAACAAAUGAGACUAUAGCGAGAAUGAAUACUUUAUUUAAUAUAACGCAAACUCUUCCCGGAAAAGAUAAUGAUAGUGACGAAGAGGCAUUUGGUACGAUCGAUGAUGUAAACAAUAACAAUAAUAGUCGCAGUAAUUCAUUAUCAAAGGCUUCUCUUGUGGGAGUUGAUAAUAAACUGCGUCGUUCAACUUCUGCCGCUAAAAAACGAAUAACGACAUCAAACUCAUCAUCAUCGACAUCCACAAUUACCACAACUACUACAACACGUCCAAAGACACUAGUACGGCUUACUAGUUCUAUGGAAAUUAGUCACUCGAAUGUAAAUAGUACUGGAAUGACAAACUCACAUGGAAAUUAUGCGGCCAAUGACUCUACUAGUAUAAGUCGCCGAAGAACAAAUACGUCAGACGGGAUUCCAUUAUUGAGGUCAAGUAGUUAUGGUCAUAACAGAUAUGCUAGUGAUAAUUCUGGAAUUGGACUCGCCGUUACUACAAAUUCACGAGUGGAUAUGUCGGAAAAAAAACCAUUAAAAGAGACACGUUCUGCUGAAAUAUUAGCGCAUUUAAUGCAAUUGCAUGACCCAAAAAAGAAAAAACGUGCAACAUUGGAUCCAUCAUUAGCUACAAAAACUAAAUUUCCAUCGGAUGAUUAUUCAGCUCCUUUGCGACGAAGGGGAACAAUUGAUGCAAAAUCUUUGCCGCAAUCAAGUUUAUUAGCUAAUGAAUUAUUGGACGAUGAUGAGUUGAGUAGAAUGGAAAGUACACCAUCUCCAUUGUGGCCUGGUGUCACCCGCUCUAAAACAAUGCCGAUACCAGUUCCGAAAUUACCUUCAACACCUACAAAUUCAAAAUUACCAUCCCCAAAUACUCUCCGCAAUCACAGUAGCACGGGACAUUUUCCUACUUUAUCCUCAAUAAAGAAUAAUAACAGCCAUGUCAAUUCAUCAAAAUCCUCAAAAUAUGAGCCUUCUGUGGACAUAUUAUCAACAUCUGCACCGAGUGUCACAAAGCGUCGUAAGUCUGUUGCAUCUGGUGUUAUACAAACAUCGCCUAAUUCAUCUAGUACAUCAUCACCUAAAUCAACGAGCAGAACAACCACCCCAACUUCAUCACUUGCUAACCAUCGCCUUUCUCAUCCGCCUCCUUUGAAAUUAACACAACUACCACCACCAGUGCCUCUGAUGCCCCCAAGCAUGCUUCCACAGCCACGGCCUCGUAGUCAGCAAAAGCUACAUAAAUCAGAAGAUGUUCCUCCCGUACCUGUAUUGCCUUCAUCCAUUAUGAAAGACUCUGGUAGUAACUUAUCGGGGUCGGACCGUAAAUCUGUAAUGAUAACUGAACCUCCGAAAAGUGGUGAAAGUUCGCCCAAAGGUAAGAAAGAAAAAGCUUCGGAAAGUCAGACAUCUACGAAGAAAUCGACCAGGAAAAGAGGAACGACUCUUCCAAAUGGUGCAGCUGCCCCGCCUGCUCUUAAGCCCAUGAUACUGCCGCCUCUCAAUGUUCCAACAUUACCUGCCUCUAUGAAUCGAAUAACUGCGCCUUCGAAAACACCUACAACUUUAGAUGUUAGAACAUCAAUAAAAUUGACAACUCCUACUUCUGCUCACACUCCGAGUUUUACAAAGAUUCCUACUCCCACAAGAUCCUCAAAAAGCAGCACUGGAAUUUCAUCGCCAAGCGGAUUAAGAGGACUCCUUUCAAAUACAAGAAUCUCACCAAAUAACAAAUCGACCGCUGCUGAAUCCACGAAAAAUACGCGUGUUAACGGUACUGCAGUAAAUGGUCGGAAAAGUGCUACAACUCCGACGCAACUUCUAGCAGCUGCUCAAAAAAGUACCAAGAAAGCAGCAGCAUCCCUGAACUUCUUGACAUCUAAAACUCAAUCACCUACGAAGGCUCCAAGUCCAAGCACAGGCACCAAUGAAAAACCCAUAUCAAGACCAAGACGAUUAUCAAAUACGAUUGCGUCAAUAUUUCCGAAUAAAUCAUCAUCUAAUGAUGUGUCGAAUCAUUCAUCUAAUAAUAGCAUUGCAAAAACGAUCGCUAGUCUUCAUAGUCCAAAGUCAACAGGCUCUAAUAUGUCAAUACCCAGAAAGCCUCGCACAAUAUCAGGGCCUGCUAUUGCUACCUCGGUAUACAUGGGAUCACCAUUAACAGCUAAAAUGAGAUUCGGAUUACCAAAUGACUCUUCUCUCUCUAUAUCAUCCUCUUCAUCGGGUGGUACACCGAACGGCCAUAAGCAGGGCGAAGAUGAAAUGUCAACAAAGGCACAAUUGAAAGGCACUCCGCCGAAGACGCCACAGGAAGCUUUAAAAACAUAUGGACAGUAUUUAUCAUUAUAUGAGCGUACAGAAAUUCUCGAUUACCCCAAUGUAUAUUUUGUGGGACCUAAUGCACAAAAGAAAGCCGCAAGCCCCGAAUUAACUGGAUGUAAUUUCGGUUAUGAUGAUGAGCGUGGUGAUUAUCUUGUUGUCACGGGUGAUCAUCUCUGUUAUCGUUACGAGAUUUUAGACAGUUUAGGAAAAGGCUCUUUUGGUCAAGUCUUAAAAUGCCAUGAUCACUGUACUGGAGAAAUCGUGGCCGUAAAGAUAAUUAGAAAUAAAAAACGAUUCCAUUGUCAAGCUCUUGUUGAAGUAAAAAUUUUGGAAUCUUUAAAUAAAUGGGACCCGGAUGAUUCACACAACAUUAUUCAUUUAACUGAUCACUUUUAUUUCCGGAAUCACUUGUGUAUCGCCUUUGAGCUUUUAAGUAUCAAUCUAUAUGAAUUCAUAAAAACUAACAGUUUUCAAGGAUUCAGUCUUGGAUUGAUAAAAAGAUUCUGUACACAGCUUCUCAACUCUUUGUCGCUUCUUCAAAAACAUAAUAUUGUCCAUUGUGAUUUGAAGCCGGAGCAUCCUACGAAGAGUAGCAUAAAAGUAAUUGAUUUCGGUAGUAGCUGUUUUGAAAAUGAGAAAGUCUAUACAUAUAUCCAAAGUCGAUUUUAUCGAUCGCCAGAAGUCAUUCUAGGGAUGACAUAUAAUAUGGCUAUUGAUAUGUGGAGCUUAGGAUGUAUUCUCGCUGAGUUGUAUACUGGGUAUCCACUAUUUCCCGGUGAAAAUGAGCAAGAGCAACUUGCUUGCAUUAUGGAAGUGCGGGGUCUACCCGAUAGAUAUCUCAUUGAAAAGAGUGAGAGAAAGAAGCUGUUCUUUGAUUCGAACGGCAAUCCCCGUCCUAUCACAAAUUCUAAAGGAAAGCGCAGGCGUCCACAAUCAAAGUCUUUAGCUCAAGCGUUGAAAUGUCAAGAUGAAGUAUUUUUAGAUUUUAUCUCUCGAUGUUUGCAAUGGGACCCAGAGAAAAGAAUGAAACCUGACGAAGGUUUAAUGCAUGAAUGGAUUACAGAUGUGAAACUUAACCGAAGGACAUUAGUGACACCGCCGAGAGAAGAUUUUCCAAGUAGAACGACCAGCUUAACUAGUAAUAGUCGUUCUUCACAAUUCUCGACCACCAGCUCCAUACAUAGUUAUCACAAUAACAACAGCAAUGAUUCAAACACAAAUCAAUCAAGCCAAUCGACGACGUCGAAUCUCGCACCACUUCAACGUAUUCCUACGUAUCCUCAAUCAAGACGUAGUCUUGAGGUUGCAUCACAAGCAUCUACAACACGAGGAUCUGGUAUCAGACAAUUUGGAAAUUCAAUAUCGUUAGCUUCAACUAGAAAUGGAAAUGAAAAUAUAUUAAACACAAACGGUUAUUUGAAUCAAUUUCAUAAUAAAUUGAAUUCAAAAAUUUUCACCAAAAAAAUAUGUAAAUUUUAG